CCUCGGCUUCGAAUUUUCCUUCCACUGAGGUCGUGGUUGAGUGAUUCCGGGCCCAUCGACUUCGAUCUACAACAAUAUCAACAACAACGGGAACACACAUCCCUGCAUAGCAGGAUCCCAUCUGUGGAACCUCAAUCUUAUCUCAGAAACAUGACCAGGUUUCCCGUCUGAUUUGACCCCAUCCUGAGCCGGGUUACGUCAUUGGAUGCCCUUAGUACAUGCGUACAUAGGUACAAACGAAGGGAACGAAUGGUUGUAUGUUGGGUAUGAGGUCUCUUUGAACCAAGCCCUACCAGCUUACAAAUCUGUCAUUAUUAGACAGACAGAAACAAGUGGAAAAAAACGACAUGAUUGGAGGAAAGAGCGUGCGCGAACACGCCUGCUUACCAGCUUCUUUAUCAGGCAACUCGUGGCCAAGUCUCUUAUCAUUUUUGCGGUUAGCAACUUUCAGUUCGCUACGCGAGUUCCACGGGUACUGAGUGUUCUCGCAGACUCCAACGACAUGUCUCUGGUGAUAUUGAAUGGCCGGUUCAUCUAGGUUCAAGCAUGGCCAUGCGAGAUUGGUGGGUGUGGCUCUGGUCUCAGGACCAGAGUUUGGAAAUGGUGUCUCAAACUUCGGGUGAUUUGUCGGCCAUCGCGGGAGAAGUGCAAGAAGAAGUGAGGCUUAAGGAAGUUGUACUGACCUCACUCUUGGCUUUGGUUCUGGUGGGGUUUGUGGUGUUGUGGGUCGAAUAUCGACGACUUCAAGCUAAGUAUCACGGUCGAAAGAUCUCCGAGGUGUUGAGUCAGGGUCCCAAAGAUGUGAGUGGACACCUACAAGAAGCCAUGAAUGAAGUGGCGGACUUUGUUUUGCCCGUGAGACAUCAACGAUUCCGAAAGCGAGACCGUGUCGCCUUUCACGGGCGAAAGAUGAUUCGACGAAUCUCAAAUAACGUGGGAAAUCUAGCCGCGAUUUCCAAAGAUGCCACCGAAAGGAAACAAGCCAUUGCCAGACUCAAACGGAGUUUCUUAAAUCAAGAUUCUGACCACGAAUGCUCUUCUGACGCGGGUAGUGGUCUCGGUAUUGGUCCGGCCGAAGAAUACUUGGAAGAGGAAGAUAUCUCUGAACAUGGCGAUCAGUGGAUCUCGGAGGAGCUCAACAACCUCCUGGAUGGCUUCCAUAUGUUCAGUCAUUUUGACAAAUCCAUGUUCCUCGACCUUUGCAAAAGUAUCGAGGUCAUUCAUGUUCCUGCCGGUCAAUAUCUCUUUCGUGUGGGAGAUCCGGACAUUUUUAUCCACGUGGUCCAAUCGGGUCGAAUGAACAUGCAUCUGGUGGACCAUGAAAAUCGUACCACCACUAUUAAAAUCGUCUCACCCGGGGAAACUGUGUCAUCGCUGUUAAGUUUUAUAGACGUGCUCACCGGGCAUCCCGGGUUUUACAAGACUGUGUGUUGCAAAGCUGUGUCAGACUCCGUCAUCCUAAAAUUGCCGGCCGAAGCCUUUCAAGAGGUGUUCAAUAAGAGCCCGGAAAUGCUCAUCCGAGUGGUUCAACUUGCCAUGGCCAGACUUCAGCGCGUGACCUUCAUGGCCUUACACCAAUAUCUGGGGUUGACCUCGGAGCUGAUCCGAGAGUACAGUCGAGAUAACAUCAGUGCUGAUUCAGACACCUUCGACGAAAGUGAAGAAGGAAUCAUGAUUUUGCGACCUCGACAUGUGGACGACAUGGAUUACGAGGUUCUCAUGAAUCUCGCAGUGCGAGGUUUCCAAGGAGAACUCGAUAUCCAACAAGAGGAGUUUCUCAAAGAAAGGAUUGAAAUUCGAACCCUUGAGGCUGGCCAUGUGAUCAUGACCGAAGACUCUCACAACGAUGCCGCACUUGUGUAUAUCUUGUCUGGGUCAUUAAUUAUGUCCCAAAGAGGGGAUCAAGAUGGAAACCAGGAUUUGGUGCUCUACACAGCCAGUAAGGGCGAGUGUGUGGGUCAAUUGGCCAUGCUGACCGGCGAGGCUAAUUUUUAUUGCUGUAAAUCAAGAGAACGCUCGAUCGUUGCUAUCCUCCCACGUGAAGCCUUCUUUACGAUUGUGUGCGAGACUCCGGAAAUGGUUUUGAGUUUGGCUCAUCAAUGCAUCAUCCGACUUUCACCCAUGGUUCGACAAGUGGACUUUGCUCUUGAUUGGCUUAAUAUUGAGAGUGGUAAGGCCCUUUUUCGUCAAAACGAUCCCACUGACGGUACUUACAUCGUGCUCAGUGGGCGUUUGAGAGCUGUGAUGGCGUCUGUGGCCUCGGGAGGCAAGAAAACUAUGGUAGAUGAGUACACCAUCGGACACAUGGUCGGUCUGGUGGACGUGGUGACCUCCACCAACCGCCUCACAACCGUGGUGGCUGUCCGCGAUUCCGAAUUGUGCAAAGUGCCUUCAAGUUUGCUGAACUUACUCAAGCAACGGUUUCCCGUGGUCGUCUCCAGGAUGAUCAGCCUCUUGGGACAUCGGCUGCUCGGCUCAUGGUCGAAUAAUUCGAGCAAUCGGUUCUCGCACCAAGCCGCUGAAAGUGAUACUCUCGAGCCUUCCUACACCACGGUGGCCUUAUUUCCUUCCACAAAUUCUGUGCCAGUAGCUGCCAUCGCCUUGGAAAUGGUCCAUUCUCUGUCGGUCGUUGGACCAACUGCUCGACUGACGUCGGAGAAGGUUUUGCAUCGCUUGGGACCCAGUGCCUUUGAAUCCAGUCAAGACUUUCGACUCAAUGCCUGGUUAGCUCAGCAAGAGCACCGACACAAGGUGGUGAUUUACCAAUGUGAUACUGAGAUGACCCCUUGGACGAAACGUUGCAUUCGUCAAGCUGAUUUGAUCCUAGACUUUGCUCUGGGGGAAGAUAGUCCCGGUGUGUCCACUUUUGAGCGUGAGCUCGAGAAGUCCGCCAAACGCAUCCGGAAGGAGCUCAUCCUGAUUCAUCCGGAUACGACCGUCUUCCCGCGCAACACUCGAGAUUGGCUCAAGAAGCGUCCUUGGAUUUCGGCUCAUUUCCAUAUGAAGGCGCCCAAACGUCUGUUCUUUCGGAAAUCCGAGGCUCGAUUAGUGGAUCACUACUCGCGCCAUGUUCAAAACCAGGCGCCCGAUAUUCAUUCAGAUUUUAGUCGACUUGCGCGACACAUAACGGGUACUUCAGUGGGACUGGUUCUCGGGGGCGGUGGGGCCAAAGGGGCGUCCCACGUGGGGAUGAUCAAAGCUAUUCGCGAGGCAAACAUCCCUGUAGAUAAGGUUGGCGGCGUGUCCAUUGGAUGCUUCGUGGGGGGCUUGUGGUGCCAAUAUCGAAACAUCACAACGGUCACUCAGAAGGCCCGGGAGUGGUUCCUGAUUUUAGGCCAAAAGAUCGUAGGUCCUGCUUUGGACCUCACUUAUCCCGUUACCUCUCUCUUCACGGGUGCCUACUUCAAUUCUACCCUAUAUAAGCUUUUUGGCACAGAGUUAGCUAUCGAAGAUCUCUGGUUACCCUUCUUUUGCUGUACGACGGACAUCACUUUGUCGCAGGAGAGGGUCCACACCAAAGGAAUCUUCUGGAAGUAUUGCCGAGCUAGCAUGUCCUACGCUUGGCUUCUACCUCCACUGUGUGAUCCGGUGGAUGGCCAUCUACUAAUGGACGGGUGUUAUGUGAACAAUGUACCCGGAGAUGUGAUGGCCAACCAAGGGUGCAAAUAUAUCCUGGCCUUAGACGUGAUCGGAAUGGAAGAUAGGGACUUGACCAAUUACGGUGACUCUCUGUCGGGAUGGUGGGUUCUGUGGAGAAAAUUGAACCCAUUCCUGUCGGCCGUUAAGGUCCCCAAUCAGUCAGAUAUUCAGAUACGUCUUGCAUUCUGCUCUCAUUACAAGAAUCUGGAAGAGUUGAAAAACAAUUCAAACUACGAGUAUAUACAACCUCCUACCGACAAAUACUCGAGUAGCGCUUUUGCGUCUUUUGACGAGAUUCGCGAAGUGGGCUAUCAUCACGGGACAACGUUCUUCACGGGUUUGAGAAAGGCCGGUAUACUUCACCAACAACAGAACCCAUCUGUGAGCCUCUCCAGCUCUCCAACCAUGGGCUUAUCUCCCCCUUGGAUGCCGGGAACAGCUUAUGCUAGCCAAUGGGCCCGAGCCAAAGCUGCCAUCAAGAGGAGGGAUUCGGGAUCUUAUUCAUUUACCGACUUGGCAGCCCUGGUUUGUCAGAACAUUCGCGAAGGCAACAACGACCUAAACCAUGCCCUAGUGCCCUUGGGCAAUGGUUCCAAUUCGGCGAGGAUGCGAUCUCGAGCCAGCUCGUCGACGUCCAACUUGUCUGGUCGGAAUCGUCAUUCGUCGGGAAGAAAACCAUCGCGGAGAUUGGGGAAAGUGAAGGUGCCUUCGUUGUCUCGCAUUCAGAACCCCGAUCAACCGUUGCCGUCGGAUGAAGGCAGUGAUGAUACUGGAAUCGUUUUGUAAAUCAAAUUAUGUAUAACUUAUCCUGUUUCCUGCUGGAUGAAGGAGAGUGCAAGUUUGCAUUUCAUCAUUCUUUCUGUUUCUGUGAUCUUUAACGUGAACUUUCAGAGUUCUGUCUGAUCUGUCGAUCUUGAUACUUGAAUGGGACGAAAUAUAAUAAGUUCCUACA